AUGCCCUCAACGACGCCCCUCCCGCAAAAGAAGUACCGAUCCUCUGGUGGCGAAACCGUUCGUCGGGCCAAGAAGCAGCGCUUCAACCCCGUGCCACGACCUUCGUCGAAUGCGACUCAUCACAACGGUGCAAGAGGAAGUAAGGGGAAGGGACGGGCGACGACGGUCGCUGCGAAGUCGUCGCCCGUGAAUGCGCGGACGACGCAGUCGGACGAGGAGGAUGAGGAUGCGUUAGACGGCGAAGAAGAUGUCAAAAUAGAUGUUGCGGAAGCAACAGUGGCUCCUCUGAAGAAACGCAAGGUGACAGGGGGGACGGGCAAGAAGGGCAAGAAGUUUGUCGAGUCGCAGGUGAGUGCAAGACACACGUUCUAGGCGACCGGACGACCGCUCUGUAACCAUGAUCUGAUUCGUAGUACCAUAUCCAUCAAAGAGUGAUCUUCUUUCGCUGGUACAUUCCAUAACGGGGGCUCAUGAGAUCAAGAAGAAGAGCAAGGUGCAGAAAGUGGUCAGUCCACGCAGCUCGGACCGAAUACGAGCCAGACCCUGAUGCAAAGCCUCACCGAAAACAGAAGAAGCCAAAGGCCCCAUCUGUCGAAGCUCAAAAAGCUCAAGAACGAGCCAACAAGAAGCAAGCGCAACUGGUACGCUCAUGACCUCGUCGGUCUGUCGGGGCGUCUCGGCGACUGACUUCUCCUUGCUUGAGUUGGUCUCCACAGGAAGCCGCAAAAGCCAUCGUUGCCGCUCGUACCAAAGCCAAGAAGGAUCAGGCCAAAGCAGCAGAAGAGAUGGCCAACUCGGAGCUCCAGGAUGGGAGGAAACGGGUGUCGUUCGCUUAG